AUGAGAGGACAUCAAAAGAGUACACCAAAUCUAAAAUUUCUACAGCCAUAAUUAACUGCUCGUUAACCAAAGAGAACUGAUUCAAUUAAUUUACGAAAUGAUAUUCCAAAGACUCAGAGGACCAAUCAAACUGAAAAUUCAAUGUCAAUUGACAAAAUAUACUAAGUUACUCCAAGCAGAGCAGUUACUCUCAAGAAUGCAUCUCGAGUCUUGAAAUAAAACUUUAUUCAAAAAACAGAACCCAAUGAUACUUUCGAUAAACAAAAUAUUUCUGAUAACCUUAGAUUAUUAAGUAGAAAACAAACAGCUCCAAAAUUAAUAUAUAGACCAUUUACUAAAUAAAAUAGCGAACCAUUCUCCAUAAAAGAUUCACCUAGAAUAGUUCAAAAUAUAAAUUUGGCAGAUAUCAAUACAAUUUAUUAUAUAUCUGAUAUUGUCACUGCAUAUGAAAGUAAGGAGAACUAUUUUAACAGACUUUUCAAAGAUCAUUUCUAGUAAAGCUUCAUGGCAUUUAAAUAAUGUGCCAAUUCGAAGAUUAUUUACAAGCCAAAACCAAUUAUUAUCCCUAAGGAUCCAAAAGGUUAUUCUAAAUAUUUUAAAUUAGAUACUAAAAAGUAUACACUCCUACUUGAUUUAGAUGAGACAUUGGUACAUUGCACUUUGGAUUUGAAAUUACCUUGUGACAAAAAGCUAAUCAUCAAACUUUCUUAAGAUGAAACAUUUUAAGUAGGUGUAUCUGUUCGACCUGGUUUGUAAAUUAUGCUUGAGUUACUAGAACCUAAUUUUGAGAUCAUUGUAUUUACAGCUUCACAUGGACAAUAUGCAAAACGAGUAUAAUUACUAAUUAAUUUAGAUUGUUGAAUAUAUUGAUCCAAAAAGAAUUAUAUCUCGAGUUUUAUCUAGAGAACAUUGCUCUUUUUCUGACCAAGGUUAAUAUGUUAAAGAUCUAUCCAUCAUCAAGAAUCGCCCGCUUUCUAGGACUGUUCUAGUUGAUAACUCUGCUAUAAGUUAUUUCUAUUAACUUGAUAAUGGUGUUCCAAUCAUUCCAUUUUAUGAUAAUAAGUCAGAUAAAUAAUUACUUGCCUUAGCCAAAUAUCUUAAUGGAAUGGUUGGUAUUGAUGAUAUUCGAGAAUAUAAUUAGUAUCAUAUCAUUAUUAUUUAGAAAAAACUUAAAAACCUAUUUACUUGCUAAGCUAUAAACUUAGGAUUAAGUCUUAGAAAUGUAUAAAGUACAUCAUUAUUCCAGAAAAAAUUGA